AUGAGAGAGAGUAGCCAUAGACCUCUCAUAUUUGGAACCCCUUUCCUGUCUACUGUGGGUGCCAUAUUUGAUUUCCCCAAUCAAAGAAUCUCUUUCAACAAGGUGAACAAGGGUAUGUUCUUCCCUAUGUGUUCAACAAAGAACUCUUUUGUUGACAUGGUCCAAGAGGAGAAAGUUACUUUGAAGCCACCCCAAGAAGGAGAAACUGAAGAAACAAUCAAGGAAGAUCCCAUUCCUAAGCCCAAGCAGCUUGCCAAACAAGCAAGGAUAGUGCCAAGGGACAUUCAUGGAGAGAUUGUCUAUCCAGCUGUGAAUCACCCACCAGAUACUCAUUGCAAGGAGAAAAGACUUGGAGGAUCAAGAUGCCUCUUGUCUCUAUCUUCUCCUGAGUGCCAAGCCUACAGUCAAGCUAAAGACUUAAAACAAGCGCUGCAUGGGAGGCAACCCAUGAGGAUAGAAGGAGAAAAAGGUGUGAAAACACAAUCCGCGCCAAAACAUUGGCCGCGGACGCGCAAAAGAAAUUUUGGCCGAGCAAUUUCCAUUUUGGCCGACCGUCACGGUCGAGCCGGGAAGGAAUAG